AUGACUUCUCUGGGCUCCCAGAUCUGCAGGGCAGCAUUCCUGACAGCCAUCCUCCUGCUGCUGCGAGUGUCGGGGGUGAAAUCUCCCAAGGGCAGCCCAGGCUUCCAAGACAGGAGCCAGAAAGAGGAACUACCCCUAGCAGAUCAGGGCCAACAGCAGUACGAGGAGCACUUUGUGGCCUCAUCGAUGGGCGAACAGUGGCAGGUAAUAGACAUGGCCCAGCAGGAGGAGGACAUCAUCUCCCGGGCAGCAGCUGUUCGAGACCAUCUCUUUGAUCUAGCCUUCUGCUUCCACCUGGCCAGCUUCAUGGUUUUUUUGUGAGGAACACUGAGGCGGAGGUGGUGCUCUGGCUCCUGCACGAGGGCUUGCACGCUUACCUCCGUUUCGUGAUUGCUUACUGACCUCCUCUUCUGGACCCACUCCAGGUCAUGUCCCCUCAAAAUGUGCACCCCACUCCCUGCCUCUUAGCGGCACCUGGCCCCAGGGUGCAGCAGCAAGACAUCCACCUCCGUUGACAUCACCUGAUCGUGCCCUCACCACCACCGCAACCCAG